AUGAUGAAAGGGCUGAAAUUCUCCGAAAAUUCUCCGUCUUUAUCCAUGAAGCUAGUAUAUAGCAGUAACGAUAAAUCAUCAGAGUUUGCUGUAAGAGCAUAUGUUAAAUCCACAAUGCCAAGACUCCGAUGGACACAUGAUCUUCAUCGCCGCUUUGUGUAUGCUGUUGAGCGUCUUGGUGGAGUUGACCCAGAAGCUGCAAAUGGGAGAAAGAGGAACAGAAUUGAUGGUUCAGAUUCAACAAAUAUUUCUCAGCGAAACCUUGUUCAUCGUUACAAUCAUAUCAAAGGCAAAGCUGCCAUGUUUGAUGGUUCUGAUCAAAUGAAUUUUCCUCAGGGAAACCUUGUUCAUUGUUACAAUCAAAACAAUGGCAAAACCCCCAUAUUUAACGGUUCCGAUCAAAUGAAUUUUCCACAGGGAAACCUUGUUCAUCGUUGCAAUCAUAACAAUGGCAAAUCUGUGUUUGAUGGUCAUCUUAAUCCAACUGUAACAACUAACUAUUUGGAAAAAAUUGCUUCCAGCUCUACUGCUUUUCCUCCUCCAUGGAAACCUAUGCCAGAGAAGAAGAUGGGAUUGGAAGGACAAUACUACAUGUUUAGGGAUUUCUUCGAUGGAACCAUUACUAUUCGAGAUGGAGAUGAUGAUAAUAAAAUCGUGCGAGCAUUUGGUAUUAGCAAUUUGCCAAAUAAGAGUGCAACUUCAAUGAUUGAAGAGGAAGACUCCCAUAGCACUAUGUCCUUGAAGCUAUCUCUCAGUUCAGAUAUCUCUCUUGACCUCACCCUUGGUUAAAAUCAUUUGGUCUCUA